GUCAAUAAUACACAGUGCUGCUUGUCAUUUGUGUGCUUCGAUUGUUUGCUUUACUGUUUCCUAACGUUUUAUUUUGGACUCUUGAAGGAAUUUAAUUCAAAAUAAGUUAUUCUAAUUUUAGUGACUGAUGUCUUGUUAGUUAACUUUCUAUGUGCAUUUGCGUCUAUUAGUUUAGUUUAUGUGUGCAGCGGAGCGAUUAUUAUUUUUUAUUUAUAGUAAAUAAUAACGCAACAAUAAAUUAAUGUUUUUGAAUUAUAUAGACGACAAAACCCGGGCUUUAGUGUAACUUAACAACAAUCAAAUGCCAAUUGCCGCUAGAUUUUCGAUGACAAAUUUAAUCGGGGUGUGUGUGAGAGCGCGGUGGGACUAUGUUGUUUCUCAGUGCCUUAGCGAUCGGUAUGAUAGGUGGGCUGCAGAAUGUGACGACGGAAGUGCCUGCUCCCAGCAGUGACGGCAGUGAGGGUAGCGCGGUGACGAGCGUAGCGGAGCGGGCCGUGCGCGAGAUGGGGCUGGUGGAGACGACAAAGUUGUCGGGCCAGUCAGGGGACCUGGUGAACGUGACGGUGCACGAGCGGCCCUCCAUGUGGGACAUGUACCUGAACCACUGCCCGAAGUGGCGGCCCGUCAACCAUGUGUUUUUCCAAGUGGCCAAUGUGUUCUUCCUGCUGUCGUUCCUGGCGCCGCAUACGGCGAGCGGCCUGGUUUGGCUGCGCGUGGCUCUGAUGCUGGGCUGCGCCUUUUCCGGCAUGUGGGCGUGGAGCAUCGAGUGCUACCUGGACGCUGUGCUCUGGAACAGUGCUUUUAUUGUGAUAAACUUCAUUUACUUCUCCAUACAGUUUUAUUUGAUGCGCCCUAUCAAGUUCCACAAGGAUAUUGAGGAGGUGUACGUGGCACUCUUCAAACCACUUCGUGUCUCCAGACGGCAGUUCCGUCGCGUGCUGAUGUGCAUGCGCAACGUGCGGCACUUAAAGUGCCACGAGUUGUACGCACACGAGAAGGUCACUAAAGUGGACAGCCUCUCCUUAGUGCUGUCUGGCAAACUUGUGGUGUCUCAGAAUCAGCGGGCGCUGCAUAUAGUGUUUCCUCAUCACUUCCUCGAUUCGCCAGAGUGGUUUGGCGUGUCCACAGAUGAGUUUUUUCAGGUAUCAAUAAUGGCCAUGGAAGAGUCCCGUGUGCUGGUGUGGCACCGCGACAAGCUGAAGCUCUCCAUCAUGUCGGACGCCUUCCUGCAAGCAGUCUUCGAUCACAUACUGGGUCGAGACGUUGUUCACAAACUCAUGCAGGUGAGCGAAACUAUGGCGGUUUCGAAUGGUCACCUGCCGAACAGUUAUGAGGAGGGUGAGGACAAACCAAUGUUAGUUGUGAAGAAGGCGGGCGAUGGACCUGGCAUCACCGCCUUGCUGAACCGCCAGUUACAAGCGACAGACCCAAAUGCGUGGCGCUUGGGCCGAAUAGAGGAAGCCGACCACGAGACGCCAGUGUGAGGCCGGGCCUUGCACGUAGCGGUGCGUCCGCGCAACAAACGCCCGCGCCGCUAGUGCAAAAUACACCUUAACUCGUAAGGCAUAAGGUUCACCAGACUGAGCCGGGCUCGUCGGACCUGGCUACCUCAAUAAUGAACUCUAUGUCGAGGACUGUAGGAUACAAAAGUCGAACGUUCAUAUCGUAUAUAAUUAUGUAGAUCUUAUUACAGGAAGUAAGUUGUGUGAAGUGCUGUGGCUUGAGCUGGAAGAUUGGAAGUGCGUAAUGUCGAUGUUCUGGCAAAUUCUAUUGAUUCAAUAGACGAUUAUUUUACUACUUUCACUUACGAAUUAUAGUUUAAUAAUUCGAUUAUAGUGAUAAGAUAAAUAGAAUACUAUCUAGAUGUUCAGACAAAGAUUUUUUGAAAUCAUUCCGUA